ACCGGGCUGAUGGCGUUAUUAGAUUCGCUGCUGGCGAGUCAACACAAUCAAGAGGUGCGAAACGAAAGGUCCUCGUCGGAGGGCAUCACAAAUUCGUCGGAGGCGGCCAGCAGCGCCUCCACCGCCGACCGAAUACGUGAAAUCAUCACACCGGUGGCCGUCAGUGUAUUAGUAAGGGCACUGCCCGAGUGGAAAAUUCCGCCGCGGCAUCGACUUCUUGCUCCAGGUCAUCAGUGCUGUCUUUGUCUCAGCCAUUAUGAGGCUGGCGAAACCGUGAGCGGGCUGCAGUGUGGCCACGAAUUCCACGCAGACUGCCUCAAACCGUGGCUCCAGAGGAAUUCCGCAAGGUCCAGAGGGGCUCGUUGUCCCAUCGACCACAUGGACCUCACACCCUGGCUCACAGAGAGGCUCAUUUCGCGACAGAGAACGGCCUCCAGAGAACCGCCUCCGAGCAAGAGCGUUCCUGCGGGGGCCAAUGACGACCUGUCCCUGCGAAGCUCGCGACUGACCCUGAUCAACCGCCUCCACGUGGGCCUCCACCCUCACCCGUGCGGCCACCUGCCCACGCCGCCCCCGUCCACGUGUUCAUCGCCUCCACCGCCCCCGGCGCCGUCGAGCAGCGGGGCCAGCCGCCCGACAAGCGGUGGCCGAAAGGGCCGUCUGGCCGCCCAGCACUCAGCGGCCGUGCUGCACAUGGUUUCCCUUCACCUUCCGAUCGAGGCCCAGGAGGCCGCGGCCGGGGGCGGACUCGUCGGGGGCAGAACCAAACAAAUGGAACCCAGGCGAGGCAGGCUGAGUUGGAACAGCAGGGAGCCGGCUUUGCACCUCGAAAUUCCUUGCAGGAAAAUCAGUCUUAAAGCAAAGUGUCAAAAAUUGAAUUAAAUUUAGAUUGUAAAUUUCAGGAGUUUUAAGUUCCUUGGGCAAGACACGAAUUUUUAAACUGUGUUUCGUCACAGAAUAGUCAGUGCUAUAAGACAGUUUUAUUGGUUUUAAUUCACCCUUUGUAGCUUAAUUUAAAAGGAUGUCAUUUAUGUUUGGUUGGUAAAUCUUUUUUACGAACAGUCUUAGGGCUAUUUAAACCUUCUUGAUUUCUGCUUUAGAAAGGAACUAAUAUAGUCCAAAAAGUUCUAUAAUUAUCGACUUUGCAUUCAGCAAAAUUCUAUUUUCAUCUGAAACUUUAUUUAAAAAAAACUCUGGCACGAAGCUUUAGCCAUUUUAUUUUAUGGAUAUCUUUAUUUGGAAGUUUCUAAAUUCUUUUAGAUGUUUUGGCAGUCAUAGACGGUUUCUGUAGAGUUCAAGUAAGGCUCAAUAAGCUCAAAAUUCGUGCUUAAUUGAUAAACUCAGGCAGAAAAAAUGUCGAGCGUUUAAAAUUCUCAGUUAGCCAAUGCAUGAAAUUUGAUUUUUUUUUCUCAAAAUGAAUCUAUGUAAGAUGACCACAUGGAUACUUUA